AGGUGCCCAGGUUCGCUGCUGCCGCCGCCGGCGGCGGCGGCGGGACGGAGCCCUCGCCGACGCUCGACCGCCGCGACCCCAUGUCACGGUCCGCCCGAAGGCACCGGCAGCCGGGAGGCAUCGGCGACGAGAUCCUGCAGCGGGCGUCCAUCUCCUCCUCCUCCACCUCCUCGCCUCCGCGCGCCGACCCCUUCGCCUCCGCGCCGUCAUCGCCGGCCCACUCCCUGCCUCCAAACCCGCCGUCGUCCCGCCGCAAGUCCCGCUUCCACGACCCCUCCGCCCCCGAUUCAUCCUCCACCUCCACCUACCGCCGCACCGCGUCGUCCACCUCCACCUCGCCCACCUCCGCAUCAAACCCUCGCCUCCCGCACCACCGCCGCCACGCCUCCGCCUCCUCCGCCCCCGCCGUCGACGGAUUAGACCUCAACUCCUUCCUCCGCCGCCAGCGCGCCGCCGUCGCGGAGCUUGGCUCCGCCAGCCGUCCACCCACCAGAUCCACGAAGAUCGUGCUCUCCGACGCCUCCAAAAGUGUCAGCUCUAUCGCGGCAGCGAUAUGCUACGCGUGGAUGCUGGCGAGCAAGGCGGACGCCCAGGCGGCGGUGCCGGUGGUGAACAUGCGCCGCGGCAGGAUGGAGCGGUGCAGGCAAGCGGCCUGGCUCCUCUACCACGUCGGCGUCGACGCCUCAGCGCUGCUCUUCGCUGACGAGGUUGAUAUGGACAGACUAAUGAUGGAUAAGCGAGUGAGCUUGGUAGUGGUGGGGCAAGAUGUUCUUAAACCAAACGAUAAGAUGGGCUCAGUAUGCACAAUCCUCACAAAUAAUUAUUGUGAAGAUGCUUAUAGUCUUCUUCAGAGCCUGGACAUAAAGAAACUUCUGCUUGCAGGCAUCCUGUUAGAUACGAAAAACCUUUCCAGUAUGUGCUCAAACAAAGAUUCAGAGGCAGUGGAACUACUCUUGUUUGGUACCUCUGAGCAUACGAGGCACGAGUUGUUUCAAAAAUUGCUGCUUGAUCACAAUGAUCAUUCUUUUGUCGAGUACUUGAAGAACACCUACAGAGAGUCAUCCACAAGAGGUGAAGGGGACAGUCCCCCGGACCAGAAAUAUUCUGUUUCAGCGUCACGAUCAUCCCAAGAUGCUAAGAAGCCCAAUUCAAAUAAUCAGAGACCGGCUCAUGGGAAUGGUGGAAAGGCCUCAGAUGAAGCUCCUCGUGGGAAAAACAAAUUUUUCUUGGCAAAAUGGUUUGGUUUUGGCUCAAAAUAGCCUGUUUUUACUUAUACUGCAUUUUCAAAUUAGCAUGUUCUCACUUCUAUUCAUUUGACUUACAUGUUAAGAAUUUGUGAUUUGUCAGUGUUGAGGUCGUCCAUAUUGUAUUUUUCUGAAAAGAUCACCAUAUACCAAACUAUUGAAGCUGACAUUUUGGUCAAAUUAAUAU